UCGGACAUACGUUGUGCCACACCACAACGCAGACAAACAAGCAACUGUCACCCUUGGAUAGAAGAGAUUUGGUCCGAAGGGAAACCCUAACUCUCAGACGCUAGAGUGAUUGAUGGAACCGCACUUGCGAGGUUCUCAGUCGCCGAUCGACGUCUUCAAGUACCGCCGUCGUCAACUGUCGCCGCUCGUGCCCCUGCAGAAUCUGAUCGCGCCGCAGACGGAGGACGGCGUUUCGGUUGCCGGAAGCUACGGCUCCAAAGGCCAGUUUGUACAUGGAAAAGAAAAUUUGCAUCCAACUUCUUUCCCUGCCAAGAACAAAUCUGAGGCACAGAUGUGCAAGUCUACAAGUAGCUCAGGAUUAUACACACCCAGCCCAAAGUCCCACUUUGCCCAUCAGGUCAUGGCAUCAGCUGCUACAGAAGCAGCAGCAGCAGCGUUAACCUCAUCGCCAAAGCCAAAGAACACCAGUGUGACCCCAAUUACUGUCAUCAGCUGCAAGGACUGGUCACCCCAAGAUGAUGGCAUUGAGGUUAUCUUGCCUCCAACUGAAAUACCUUCAUCGAAGGAAGAUGUGGAUGCAGCCAGCACUGCUGGGCUGAGUCUUGUCUAUGGUCCUACUACAAGAAGGAGAUUGCCACUGUUUGCUGAAAUUUGCCCAGAGUAGUGAAUGCGAUGAAUGUAGACUGUAGAUACUAGAGAACCUUCAUUUCAGACAAAACUGUACAUUCGUUCAGUUAGAUUCGGUUAUAUACUUGGAUUACAUACUUCAGACAAAAGGUAUAAUGUAGAUUCGUCUUGCUGCUCAUAUUAUAGUGUGUUCAUUGGGAUUAAAUUGAAGAAAAUUGUUGCCAACUAUACUUGUAGAGGCUUUGUUGAUGCUC